AUGCAGAUUUCGCUGGACUCACUCACGUCAUUUCAAAUGGCUGAUGCAUUGGUCGUGAUGAGUUUGGCCCGAAAUAUUCUUCUACCAUUGCAACCGAUGAGCUACGCUGCUGCGCUUCGGCAUUUGCGCCACGUGAUAACUCUGCCCUGGAAGAAUAGUCAGCGACCGGAGGUAUCGCAGAUUGAGAAAUCUUGCCAAUGCCACCAUCGGCUCUCUUCGAGCCAACUCUACAGUAGGGACGACAUCGUCCCUUCCUUGAGGGCGCAGAUGAAAAUACAGCAUGCAGUUCGCUCAGGUGCUCGCUUUAUGACUCCCUUACACCGGGGAGCUCAGUCCCCCAUGGAUGAACCGGAGGUCCAUUUGGAAAACUUUUCAAAAGAGGUUGGGCCUUGCAACUGGCAUUACUUUCGGCAUUUCUCGCUUCGCUCUGGCAACCGACUUCCUUUUGUGGAUCUUCCUUCGCAUGAGAGCUUUCAGCCGGAAAAGCAGAAACAGGAGCCGUCUUUUGUGCUGCGUGAUAUCCAGUCUUCCGAUGAGGAGUCGGGCGACAGCUCUGGGGAUGAAGGGCCUUCGCUGGGUCCCGCGGACGAAUUCCUCUUCGGGGCAUUGACAAAUAUUCAGCAUGUCCUGGUUCGUGCUUCUGCAUCCAAGGGCAUCCCUUAUGAGGGCGCAUUUGUCAGGCCAGCAUGUGGGGUUCCGCUUCCGGCCGAUAGCAUUCGCAUCUCAUCGGAUUUCAAUCCCAAGCUUCAGCUUUGCAAGCGUAGGGCUUGCUGCAUAGCGUAUGGCCAGCUUAAACAGUGA